AUGUUGGGCGCUUAUUCGAAUAAAUACGAUAUAUGCAAAUGGUUUCGGGCUAACCAACUCACUCUGAAUGUCAAGAAAUCUAAUUUUUUACUUAUUGGUAGCGGUUCCCACCUAAGUAAAGUAGGGUCGAUCCAUAUUUCUGCUCUGAUGUGCCUCUCGAAUAAGAUACUGAUGUAGACUCUUAUGCGUACUUUGGUUUGUGAUCAACAACCAGUUUAGCUGGCCGGACUCACCACAUUGAUUACAUUUGUGGUAACUGAGAUCAGCAAAAAGUUAGGUCUCUUGAAGCGUAUUAAAUCUUGCCUCCCCCUCAACGCUAGAAUUACUUUUUUGGUUUUAUCUUACCUCUUUUUGACUAUGAGGGUAAUAUAUGGAGAUUGGGGAAGUGCCUCCUUGAUGUCUGAUAUUCAAAUGUUGCAAUAUACAAGUGUUACAAAAUAAGGCAGCCCGCCUUAUUUAAGACCUUCUGCGUAUUCUUCUGCAUCCGAGGCACUUAAGAGACUUGGUUGGAAGCCUUUAUCACAACGUAGAAUGGAACACCAAGCUAUUUUUAUGUACACGUUACUUAACUAUUAUUUUUGCUGCUCGAUCCCAGUUUCAUUCAACGGUGAUUUUCAUGAUUAAUGAAAUUCUCAUCUCCAGUACCACAAGACGCUGGGAUCACUGGUCGUNUCUCUUUAUGUUGGUACUUAUUCAAUUUCAGUCUCAUUGCCAUCCAAGUGGGUGGGGUGGGGGUGGGCGCUUAUUCGAGGCUAGGUGCUUAUUAACUUUUUCUGCCUUUAGGAUGGGCGCUUAUUCGAGGUGGGCGCUAAUUCGAUGUUGGGCGCUUAUUCGAAUAAAUACGAUAUAUGCAAAUGGUUUCGGGCUAACCAACUCACUCUGAAUGUCAAGAAAUCUAAUUUUUUACUUAUUGGUAGCGGUUCCCACCUAAGUAAAGUAGGGUCGAUCCAUAUUUCUGCUCUGAUGUGCCUCUCGAAUAAGAUACUGAUGUAGACUCUUAUGCGUACUUUGGUUUGUGAUCAACAACCAGUUUAGCUGGCCGGACUCACCACAUUGAUUACAUUUGUGGUAACUGAGAUCAGCAAAAAGUUAGGUCUCUUGAAGCGUAUUAAAUCUUGCCUCCCCCUCAACGCUAGAAUUACUUUUUUGGUUUUAUCUUACCUCUUUUUGACUAUGAGGGUAAUAUAUGGAGAUUGGGGAAGUGCCUCCUUGAUGUCUGA